AUGCGCUUCAUCAACAGGGCCCUCAGGUCGCCGGCCUGUGCCCUCUUACUACUAUCGUCAGGUCUUCAGUAUGUCCUAGGAGCUUCUAGCCCAUCCUCAGCUUGGCCUAUUCAGGGCAACGACCUCCAAGACCAGAUCCAAUGGGACCACUACAGCAUCAUCAUCAAUGGCGAACGACUGUUCCUUUUCGGCGGCGAGAUGCAUCCGUUCCGAUUACCAGUUCCUGAACUAUGGGAAGACGUCCUACAGAAAGUCAAGGCCAUGGGCAUGCGCAUGAUCUCCAUCUACACCCACUGGGGAUUUCACGCUCAGACGCCCGACCAAGUUGAUUUCGACACCGGCGCACACAACCUGACCCGCUUCUUCGAAAUGGCCAAGGAAAUUGGUCUUUACGUCCUUGUACGACCAGGCCCGUAUAUCAAUGGCGAGUUGAACGCUGGAGGACUGGCACUUUGGUCGACCACGGGCGCCUAUGGAGAGUCGCGGUCCAACGGGUCGGCAUUCACCGAAGCAUGGACUCCGUAUCAGACUGGCAUGUCCAGGCUCGUCAAACCGUUCCAGCUCACCGAGGGCGGAACGGUCAUCAUGUAUCAACUGGAGAAUGAAUACGGCGAGCAGUGGAAGGAUGUUGAGGCCAAGAUACCGAACCCGAAGGCCGUGUCCUACAUGGAGAAGCUGAAGGAGAACGCCAUCGAGAAUGGAAUUGUGGUGCCUAGUGUACACAAUGCUCCUAAUGCUAAUGGACGUCCUUGGUCGAAAGACUAUGACACUGUCGGUGCUGGAGGAGAUGUGGAUAUCUACGGUCUGGACAGCUAUCCCCAAUGCUGGUCUUGCGUAACAGAAGAAUGCGGAAACAACAUCAAGCCGUUCGCUGUUUCCAACUAUCACGACCACUUCCAACUCGUAUCCCCGAACCAACCGUCCUUCAUGCCCGAAUUCCAAGGCGGAGCCAUGAGCCCCUGGCUUAGCCCGGCUGGUGGAUGCGCCGAACGAACUGGAACCGAGUUCGUCAACUUCUAUUAUCGCGACAACAUUGCCCAGCGCAUCACAAUUCUGAAUCUAUAUAUGAUUUACGGUGGUACAAACUGGGGUUGGCUGGCGGCUCCUUUCCUGGGGAGCAGCUACGACUAUGGUGCUGCAAUCUCCGAGGAUCGCAACAUUGGCGGCAAAUACUACGAGAUUAAGAACUUGGGUCUGUUCACUCGUGCUGUUAAUGAGCUUGCCUACACGGACCGUCUCGGUACCGGCAUUAACUACACGAACAAUACGAACAUAUUCACCACUGAGCUCAGAAACCCCAAGACUGGUGCUCGGUUCUAUGUUCUUCGUCAUUCUACGACGUCUUCGGCCUCUGAAGAGACCUUUGCCAUUAAUGUGACUACAAGUGUGGGAAGCUUUUACGUCCCCAAAGUCGCACCAUGCCCCAAGCUCAUUGGUCACGAGGGCAAGAUCUUUGUUGCCGACUUUCACUUCGGCAAGCAUACGCUUUUCUACGCAACAACAGAGGUCUUGACCUACAGUGUCAUUGAUGGAAAGACAACACUGGUGAUGUGGACUCCUGUCGGAAUCUCCGGGGAGUUUUAUCUCAAGAGCGCCAAGAAAGGUACGCUAGCCUCCAGUAGCAAAGGUCAGACGGCCGUCUUUGACUGGCGGGAUAAGGGUGUGCUUGUUGGUUUUAUCCAGCGUGAGGGUGCGACUGUGUUGGAGUUCGAUAACGAUGUUAGAGUUGUCCUUGUUGAUCGCAAGACUGCCUACAAAACUUGGGUUCCUGCUUUGACCAAGGAUCCUAAGGUACCCGUGGAUAAGACUGCCAUUGUCAUCGGGCCACAUCUUGUUCGUUCAGCGAGCGUGCAAGGAAACACCAUCUCCGUCACUGGAGACUCCACCAACGCGACCGAUAUCGAGGUGUUUACGUUAAGCCGCGUCUCUACUAUCAAGUGGAAUGGAAAGCAACUUCGAACCACAAAGACCAAGUAUGGCACACUCAAGGCAUCUCUCCAAGACCCGGCAAAGCUCUCGGUCCCCAAGUUUGGAUCAUGGAAAUCGCAAGAAAGUCUUCCUGAAAUAGCCGUGGGUUAUUCCGAUGACGGUCCAGCCUGGGUCAUCGCCAACCACACCACAACACCCAGUGCCACCAAGGGUACCGUGCCUUACCUCUUCUCGGACGAGUACGGCUUCCACACAGGCAUCAAGCUUUGGCGUGGUCAGUUCUCCAGCGAGUCCGGAGCUACGGGCGUCUACCUCAACAUCCAAGGAGGAACUGCCCAUAGCUGGUCUGCCUUCCUCAACGGCAAAUUCCUGGGCUCUUACACAGGGGACCCAACAGUGGCCGCCAGCAAUGCAACCCUCACGUUCACCAACGCAACAAUCUUCACCAACCAAACCAACGUCCUCUUUGUGAUGCACGAUGACACAGGCCACGACCAACUCUCCGCAGCCCUCAACCCGCGCGGCAUCCUCAACGCCACUCUCCUCACCUCCAACUCCGGUGCUACCCCCAAGUUUAACCUCUGGAAGUUGGCUGGAACAGCAGGCGGCUCUGAUGCGAAUCGCAGUACCCUCGAUCCUCUACGCAGCCACUACAAUGAAGGCGGUCUCACCGCCGAGCGUCUCGGCUGGCACCUCCCGGGCUUCGACGACUCCAACUGGUCCGACACAUCAGCCUCCCCAGCGCAAGGCUUCGCCGGCCCAACAGUUCGCUUCUACCGCACUUCCCUUCCUCUUAGUGUACCCAAAGGGCUAGACGCCUCCUUCGCAUUCAAGUUCACGCCCGUGGACACUUCCAACUUGAACUAUCGCGCGUUCUUGUAUGUCAAUGGAUAUCAGUUCGGACGAUAUUACCCUUCUAUUGCUUCCGAAAACGUGUUUCCCGUGCCGGCGGGUGUACUUAAUCAUGGAAGUGAUAAUGUUAUUGGUCUUGCGGUUUGGGCGCAGACGGCAAGGGGCGCAAACGUGGAUGUUGAGCUGGUGACGCGGUACGCAGUAGAAUCGUCUUUUGAGAGCAGAUUUGAUGGGAAGUAUUUGCAGCCGGGGUGGACUAAGGAGAGACUGAAUUAUGCGUAG